AUGAAUAAAUUUUUAGAGACAGACAGAUAUCAAUGGUAUGGAAUUAGUGUAAUACAAGAUUUAAUGAGAGGAAUUCCUUGGCAGGCUUCUGGAUAUUUCCCUCGUGUUUCUCUUUGCGAUUUUACUGUUCGUCAAAUGGCAAAUAUUCAAAAAUAUUCAGUUCAAUGUGUUCUCGUAAUAAAUAUUUUUACAGAAAAAAUUUUUAUUCUUUUGUGGUUCUGGUAUGGUAUUUUACUUGUAGCUACUUCUAUUUCUUUUAUUUAUUGGUUAACAAUGAUGUUAUUCCCCCAUUUUGGAACGUGGUAUAUUGCCCAAGCUUUGGAACUUUGUCGAAUGGAGCCAAGUGAAAAACAAUUGGAUAUGUACACAAUUAAAAAAGAACGUAAACAUGUUGCAUGUUUUGUUAAAGAAUUUUUAAAAAAUGAUGGAGUUUUUGUUAUUAGAAUGGUUGGAAUGCAUACAGGAAUACUUUUUACAAGUGAAUUAACUUCUGAACUUUAUCGAAUUCAUUCAGAUUUAUUAAUAAAUAAUUCAGAACAACGUUUUAGUGAAGAUACAACAUUAAAAUUAGUUGAAGAUGGAGGAACUCCUAUAAAAAUAAAAUCAACAAAAACAUUCCCUCAUCCUUCAAAAAAUAAAAAAAGAAGGGCAGAUUCGGCACCUUUAGGGGAAGAAAAAGAAUUUAAAACAAAACUUUUACCGAUAGAAAAUGAAAAUAAGGAGGAAAGUUCUUCCUCAAAUUCCUCUUCUAAAGAAAAUCAUCAAAAUGAAUCUGAUGAGGAUAAUAAAAAAUAAAAAUUAAUUUUUGUUUUCUUUUAAUAUUUUUAUUAAAUAUUUUUUCAUUCCAAUUAAAUGAUUUUUUAAAUUAGUUUUUAUUAAAAAGUUCUCUCCAUCUACAGUAUUUUCUUGACCUAACCAAAUUGUCGUUUUGUUUUUUGGUAUAC